GAGUCUGGACUCUGAUAGCUUCGGCUUCUAUAGUUAUAUGGCCACUUAAAAUGUUUUAUCGAAAUAUUGUAAAUUACGCAUUUACGCGUCCUAUGAGCUAUGGCCCUAAAGUAAUUCCAUAGAACAAUAUUAUUACCGACCAAAAAUUAUAGACCGUAUAAUCUAUAACCACAAAACCCAUGAUUAUAUUUGCGGGUUUAUACCCGCUAACCAGUAAAUGUUUACACUUUAUUAUCGUUUAUCACGAUUCACAUCUUAGCAGUUGUUGUAAGUAGUUCACGAGACGAAUUCUUAAACUUUAGUACUUUAGGGGACUUUACCCAUGACUUUAAAAUAAUAUGAGCGCUGCAACAUAAUAAAUUGUUGACGAAAGACAUUCUUCUGAAUAUAAUUUUCUAAAUUCUAAUCACUAGACCCAAGUUUAGCAUUAUGAUGUCGACGGCAUCCAAGUGCGUUGAAAAUUGUAUCCGAACGAAAUUGCAAAACCGGUUCAAUCCAAAAGUGUUGCAACUCAUCAACGAGUCGCACAUGCACAAUGUACCAAAAGACUCGGAAACGCAUUUCAAAGUCGUUAUUGUAUCCGAUGAAUUCGAAGGCAUGCCCUUGAUUAAGAGACACCGUUUGGUAAACACGAUACUGACGGAUGAGCUCAAGUCCGGCGUACACGCUUUGUCUAUAGUGGCCAAAGCUCCGGCCCAGUGGAAAGACGAACCGGUCGAAAGUAGUCCCAAUUGCCGAGGUGGUUUUGGAAAGUGAACUUUGUGAGCAAUAUGGUUCCGAGAGAAAUGUCCCGACCUAUUACCAACCGUCGUAGAUCAAUGAUUUAUUUUAUAAUAAUUUAUAAUCGUAUUGUGCAUAAUAUUACACCUACAAAAAAUUGUCAGUUCGUUUAAAAAUACAUUAAACAUUUAAAAGCAAAUGUCAAUAAUGUGAUCACAUAAUAUAUUAAUGUUUAAAUAAUUAUUCAUUGAGUAACAUUAAAUAGAUAUGUUUUUACAAAGAUAAUA